AUGAUCCUCACACGUUCGUCUUGCCGUCUGGCGAGACACGCGCUCUCCCAGGCACAGCUCUGCCGGGGCCCGAGCCGAGCGGCGCCUGCGGGUACGGUGUUCGACCGGCGGCCUCAGGCGAACCGCCGCAACAUGAGUGCCGCCGCCCACCGGACCCCUGCCGGGUUGAAGGAUCUUCUGCGCGUGUCCGAGGAGGUCGCCGACGCCGUCGCAAACAACAAGCCCGUCGUCGCUCUGGAAUCGACAAUCUACACCCACGGCGCGCUGGGCAACGACCUUGGUCUGGAAGACGUCGUCCGCCGCGGCGGCGGCGUGCCCGCCGUCUGCGGCAUCCUCAACGGCGAGCCUGUCGUCGGUUUGACCGAGGCCGAGGUCGCGCAGAUGGUCGACUCCGGCACUGCCAGCAAGGUGUCGAGGAGGGAUGUUGCCCACCUGGUUGGAUUGGGCAUCACGGGCAAGAAGGUCCACGGCGGUACGACCAUCGCCGGCACCAUGCUCCUUGCACGGCUCGCCGGCGUCCGCAUCUUCGGCACCGGCGGCCUGGGCGGCGUCCACCGCGGUGGCGAGAACUCGAUGGAUGUCUCUGCGGACCUCACCGAGCUUGGCCGCACCCGCGUGGCCGUCGUCAGCUCCGGCUGCAAGGGGUUCCUCGACAUCCCACGUACGCUCGAGUUCCUUGAGACGCACGGCGCCUUCGUCGCGACCUUCGCCGACGGCCGCACCGGCAAGGUCGACUUCCCCGCCUUCUGGGCCCGCGACAGCGGCACCAGGAGCCCCCUGGUGGUCCAGACGGAGCGUGAUGCCGCGGCCAUGAUCUUGGCGCAGGAGAGGCUGGGCAUCGAGUCCGGCAUGCUCUUCGCCAACCCUAUUCCCGAGGAGCACGCCAUCCCCCGCGCCGAGAUGGACGUCGUCAUCGAGACGGCCGUCACGGAGGCCGUCGAGAAGGGCUUCACGGGCUCCACCAACACGCCGUACGUCCUCGGCAGGAUCAGGGAGCUGACGCGGGAGCGGAGCACGCUAGCCAACAAGGCCCUGGUGAGGGCCAAUGUGGCGCGGGCCACCAAGAUCGCGGUGGAACUCUCGAAGCUGCUGGACGGGGGCGCCGGCUCGGAAUCCGUCUCUUCCAACACGUUUGUUUCUGGUUAUGACGCCGCCGCCGUUGCCGGCGCCGCCACCGCCGCGAAACCUGCGGCCCCGGCGAAAGCGCCCAAGCUGAGCAAGGCGGAUGUUCUCGUAGCCGGGUCCGUGGCGAUUGACUUGAGUUGUGACUACCACCCCAUCGGGGACAAGAAGGACAUUUCACCGCACAUGCACACGUCGAACCCUGCCCGCAUCAAUCAGUCCAUCGGCGGCGUCGGCCACAAUGUUGCCCUCGCCGCCCACAGGGUAAGCAAAGAUAUCAGCGUACGCCUCUGCAGCUUGAUCGGGGACGACGUCGCCGGGGCGACGGUGCUCUCCUCCCUCGAGGCCUCGGGGCUCGAGACCACCUACAUCCGCCAGCUCACCUCCGAGUACCACGGUUCGAACCGUACGGCCCAGUACGUCGCCGUCAACGACGCCGAGAAGAACCUCGUCGUGGCCAUGGCCGACAUGGGCAUCUUCGCCAACCACUCGUUCCCCGAGUACUGGAAGUCGGCCGUCGCGGGCGCCAGGCCGCGCUGGCUCGUCGUCGACGGCAACUGGAGCCCCCGGGACGUCCGGGCGUGGAUCCAGGCCGGCCGCGAGCAGGCCUGCAAGGUCGCUUUCGAGCCCGUCUCAACGGCCAAGUCCGUCGGUCUGUUCGCGCGCGAGCACCCGCACCUCGGCGUGUUCCCGGACCCGGGCAUCGACAUCGCGUCGCCAAACCACUACGAGCUGACGGCCAUGUACGACGCCGCCAAGGAGAACGGCUUCUUCGACACGCCCGAGUGGUUCGCAGUCAUCGACGCCUUCGGGAUGCACGGCGCCCGGGAGCGGUUCGUGUACCUGACCUCCAAGGAGCUGACGGACGCCGGCAUCCCCGUGCAGAUGAUCCACCUGCUGCCCUACAUCCCCACCAUCGUCACGAAGCUGGGGUCCAAGGGCGUCCUCCUUACUGCGAUCCUAGCCAAGGACGACCCGCGCCUGAGGGACAGAAAGGAGGAGAGGUGGCUGUUGACGAGGGCCCACGUCGACCACCCCACCAUUGGCGGCGUCUACAUGCGCCUAUUUCCGCCGGCGGAGACGGUCGCCGUCGAGGACAUCGUCUCCGUCAACGGCGUCGGGGACACGUUCCUGGGCGUCAUGAUCGCGGGCCUGUCCAAGGGGGGCAGGGUCGAAGACUUGAUCGAUGUCGCGCAGCGGGCGGCGGUGUUGACCUUGAAGAGCCACGAGAGCGUGAGCCCCGACCUGGGAAGGCUGGACGGUCUGUUGAAGGCCGCCGUGAGGGGUUGA